UUUCUCGGUGAUGUUUUGAUGGUUGUAACUGCAGCGCCUCUGCUGUUUGUUAGCAUCCUCGUUAGCAUUCGCGAGGGUUAGCCCGUGUUAGCUCGUGCACACUAAGCUCGCUGCUUGUUGAUAACAAUCGAACUGCGAGUACAUAUAAAACGUGUUUUUUUAUCCCCGCUCAGGCAGUCUUUAUGAGGAGUUUAGUUCUUUCACCCUGACGUCACAGUCAGUUGCGUUAGCUCGAUGCUACAAACAAUCCUCAGGCUAACUCUUCCCUGAUGCCAUGGAAACUAAAGUACCUUAAAGUGAUCCUUACAGAGUAUGUGACCAGAAAAGGUCACUUUUUAUAAUAUUACUUCAGGACAUUUACUCUUCUUAAGUAUCAAAAGUCAUUUCCUGAUGUGAUAGCAGCUCGUGUGUGCGUGUCCUCGAGCAAAGACACUCAAUGUAGCAGCGUGUGAAUGGGUGCAAGCUCGCGUCAAGACUAGAAAAGCUCUAUAUAAAUACAGACCAUAAUAUCAACUCUUCUUCUGAUUGUAUUUGGAAGUCAUGUCAUAAUAAAGUAACACCAUAGAAGCUGAGUUUUGGCUCCUCCUCCUCUCAGGGAGUUGUUUCUUCACCCCGCUCCCUCCUGCAGCGCCGCCGUCAUGCCGGCCGCACUGACCGACUCGAGUCAGAUCAUCUGCGAGGUGUGGGCGAGUAACGUGGAAGACGAGAUGAGGAAAAUCCGCCAGAUCAUCCAGAGCUACAACUUCAUCGCCAUGGACACAGAGUUCCCCGGCGUGGUGGUCCGGCCCAUCGGCGAGUUCCGCAGCACUGUGGAUUAUCAGUACCAGCUGCUGCGAUGUAACGUGGACCUGCUGAAGAUAAUCCAGCUCGGACUGACCUUCAUGAACGAGGACGGAGAUUAUCCACCCACCGGGACCACGACCUGGCAGUUCAACUUCAAGUUCAACCUCACUGAGGACAUGUACUCGCAGGAUUCCAUAGACCUGCUGCAGAACUCAGGACUGCAGUUUAAGAAACAUGAAGAAGAAGGAAUCGACACGCUUUACUUCGCUGAGCUGCUCAUGACGUCGGGUCUGGUUCUGUGUGAGAACGUCAAGUGGCUCUCCUUCCACAGCGGCUACGACUUUGGUUACCUGGUGAAGCUGCUGACGGACGCGCGGCUGCCGGAGGAGGAACACGACUUCUUCCAGAUCCUCAACCUCUUCUUUCCGGCCAUCUACGACGUCAAGUACCUGAUGAAGAGCUGCAAGAACCUGAAGGGCGGGCUACAGGAAGUGGCCGAUCAGCUGGAGCUGAAAAGGAUCGGACGACAGCAUCAGGCCGGCUCUGACUCUCUGCUCACUGGGAUGGCGUUCUUCAGGAUGAAGGAGCUUUUUUUUGAAGACAACAUCGACGACGCUAAGUAUUGUGGGAGAUUGUACGGCCUCGGCUCGGGCUCCACGCAACCGCAGAACGGCGUCUCCGGCUCCAGUCAAGAGGAAACAAACAACAAGCACUGACGGUCGCCAUGACGACGACAUUUUAAACCCCCAUGGACCAGCAGACGCCACAACGUCACUUCCUGUCAGACUGAAACGUAAACAUUGGGAACAUUCAGUUUUUUUAAACCCGUUUGAUUUCCGGCAGUGUGGGACUGCCUCCUGCAGUGAUGUCACAGCGUGACUCUGCCCCCUCCUCAUGUGUAAAUGAAAGUGUGAACUUUGAUGAAUAAAAAAGAAAAAGUUUUAGCUUUUUUCAGAAACUUUUAACAGUGAAAAAAAAACCCUGUUUUAUUUUGUUUUAAACUGUUUAUUAAAUGUUUUCUAUUUUCAAUGGAACAAAAAACACUUCACUUUGUGUUUUUUCAUCGUAAACAAACUAAUGUGUGUCACAGCUGUGACGACAGGAAGUCGUCACUUCUUCUCCUCCUCCUCCUUCUCUUCCUCUUGACAGGACAGUGGAUCCAGACCCUGGACUAGAGUUCUCAACGGCCCGUGGGUCUUUAAACCCCCCCCCCCCACACACACAUUUUCCCAUUGAUGGGAGCGCAGUGUUUUGUGUUCUCGGUACCAGCUGCUGCAUCCACAGCUCUGUGCAGUACCACUGAUGUGUGAGUGGUUCUGACCACAGCAGCACGAGAUGCUCCAGCUCACACUGAGCAUCCUAGAAGGCUCCGCCCCUCUGCAGAUUCACUCUUCACAUGUGAACAGCGAAGAUUCACAACAAACAUUUACAACCUGCAACAGAUGAAAAAAGGAAGCCCGACCCGGUCGGGUUUGUCGGCGGAACCGUUGAGAACUCUUCCUUGGACUGAGACACAGUCUGUUCCUGUCAUCUGUGGCUUUUGUCGCCACCUAGUGUUUACUCUGCGUCAAAUAAAACAUGAAAAACAAUA